AUGGCUUUGAGGAUACUCAACUUGACCACGAGCUCUUCCGGAUGUGAAAGAAAUUGGAGUGUUUAUGAACAAGUUGAUGCAAAGAGGAGAAAUAAGCUAGAUGUGCGCCGUAGGGACAAUCUAGUUUAUAUUCAGUUUAAUGGAAGAAUGAUGGACAAGAGAAAGAAGUACUCCUCUUCUGAUGUUCUCCUUGGUGAUGAUGCUUCAAUGGCACAAGAUUGGAUAGUUGAAGGUGCAUAUGUUGAUGAUGAGGUUGAUCCUGCCACGGGGCUGAAUGACACCAUCAUUGAUGAAGCAAUGGGAAUGGAGCCUCGUAGGAGUGCGAGGGUGAGAGAACUCCAUGAAGUAGAAGAAUUUGUUUCCGAUGGAGAAUCUGAACAUGAUGUUGUCAUGGAGGAUGACAUAGAGUUUGAGUCUGAUGAUGAUCGGGUUAUUGAAACCAACGACAAUGAAGAUGAGCGACAAUGAAGAUGAGGAGGACGUGAUUCCGCCUUGAAUCUUGGGGCUUUAUUUAACAAUCAUAUUAUUAUUCAUAUGAUCCUAUAUUUAUUUAGUAUGGAGUACGGACUGCCGUGAUGUCCUAUAUUUAUUUAAUUUGUGAACCUGGUUAUGUAAUAUGUACUGAUGUGAACUCGUCAUGUUCUUCUAUGCUUCUAGAUUUAUCUGUGGACAUGGUUAUCUAAUAUCUACUGGCUUGAUGAUGUUUAUUGAUGUGCAAAUUGCUAAUAUGUAUACCGUGGUGCUGUCCAAUUUUUGUUUGUUGUGUACCUGUCAGGUUCGGCCAUACUUUUUUGCAUGUCAUGUUCACUUCAAGCAAGGUAAUCCCGUGUAAAACAUUUCUUUUAUGCUCUUUUGCAACUUUUACUUGUUCAAUAGAGCAUAAUUUAGUGCUCGGAACUUUGAGUUUUGAAAAAAAACACCGAUUAAUAGUCGACCGAUUAAAUCAGUUAAUAGGCCGAUUUCCGAUUAAUCCCUAAUCUCAAGCCGACCGAGCAGUUAACGAUUACCGAUUUCUUGA